CUUGAGGAGGCAGCGCGAUAACGUCAUCGUGGCGUGCCCCUGCAGCGGUUUAAAGCUGUGCAGGAAACCCCGUGCAGUCGCCAACGCCCGGUGCAGUCGGUGUCUUGUUGGGAUACAGCAAUAUUUUCAAUAUAAUAAAAGUGGAGACUUGAAAGUGACCUACAGCUAUGCAGACUAUUAAAUGUGUUGUAGUUGGUGAUGGUGCUGUUGGUAAAACAUGUCUCUUAAUCUCUUACACAACAAACAAAUUUCCAUCAGAGUACGUUCCUACGGUAUUUGAUAACUAUGCUGUGACGGUUAUGAUUGGAGGUGAACCAUAUACCUUAGGACUGUUUGACACUGCAGGUCAGGAAGAUUAUGACCGAUUACGACCACUGAGUUAUCCACAGACUGAUGUUUUCCUUGUGUGCUUUUCUGUUGUGUCACCAUCAUCAUUUGAAAAUGUUAAAGAAAAGUGGGUACCUGAGAUAACUCAUCAUUGUCCAAAAACUCCAUUCUUGCUGGUUGGGACUCAAAUUGAUCUAAGGGAUGAUUCCUCAACCAUUGAAAAACUUGCAAAGAACAAACAGAAGCCUAUCAUCCUGGAUAAUGCUGAAAAGUUGGCCAAGGACCUGAAAGCAGUCAAAUAUGUGGAGUGUUCUGCCUUGACACAAAAAGGACUAAAGAAUGUAUUUGACGAAGCAAUAUUGGCAGCCCUGGAGCCACCAGAACCUAAGAAGAAACGGCGUCCCUGUUCACUGUUAUGAGCAGUGUCUGCAGGCUGACAUUGAAGCAUUUGUUUUUUUAAAAAAAAAUUAAAUCAUCCUGCAAUAACACCCUGCACACAACCAGGAGGGCGAUGAUGGGAGGAAUAGAAUAGCCAAUGGUAAAUUUGUCCCCCCUUCUAAUGUAACAUUUAAGUAGACAUAAUGAAUUUCCUGUUCAAUUUAUUUUCCACUGGAUUAUUUGUCCAUAACUAGAUUUUAAUCUGCUGUUAAAAUUCUUUGCCACAGGCACGAAACUUGCACAGUAUUGCUUCUGUUUAAUGAACUAAUGGCUUUUUGUAAGAUUUUGCCACACUCCCAAAUGCUACAUCCAUCAACCUGGCAUCUCUGGUUCACAUUGUAUCACAAUCUAAAUCUAGUCUUGUCACGUGGCUUUAAGAAUUGCAAUUGGGUCCCUUAAUGGGGACUGUUAGUUUUUGGCCAAAUUCUGACAUAAUUGCCACUUGCAACACGAGGUUUUGUUAUUGUUCUCCAUUAAUAAUCUAAUUUUUGAAAGGCCUUAACUACACCAAUGACGCUUCAAGGGAGGGUGUGAAAAUGUAACAGGUGCUGAUGAUGGCACAAGAAAUUCUGAGCCCAAACUGGGGAUUGGAUCUGAAGAUGAUGUUGCUCAAUGACUGGGCUGUUAAGAUGCUCAUUGUGGGUUGUUUCAAGAUGCUGGUGAUGGUUUAUUGCACUUGGGAGUGAUGUAGGAGAUACUUAAACACGUGCAGACUGGAUUCCUGUGGGGAUGCUAAGGAUCUCGUAGAGUUCAGUGUUAAAAUUUGACCAAAAUUUUGAUCUACCAUUUUUGAACUGUGUUUCAUUAUCCUGGUAACUUUGGUUUAUAAUGAGCUUUAUUUCAUGUUGAGUUCUUUGUAUAUGCUUUUUUCAAAAUAUUAAACUUGUACCUUUAAUUGUCUUUCUUUAUUGAUGAACUGAAAUUGAUUACCAAUUUGGUUUCCCCACUUUUUCCUAAAACCAAUACUGUAUCAGAUUUGAAAUUUAAUGAUACUGGCUUUUUCCUGUAUCUGCUGCUGCACUGGCUAUGUGUAAAUGAAAUUACCAGCAAGCUUACUUACAGAUCAUCUUGGUUUCCUCAUGUUUUUUUUUGUGAAAUCUUAAUGAUCUUAAUCCAAACAUCAAUCCUUAAAUCUGAAUAAAUUGUACAUUCUGUUCAUUUUCAGGUAGCUCAGAACUCGUACUGUAUUUAACAAUGCUACCAAAAGUGGCUCAAAGUUACUUGCCAUUAAAAGAAUAUACUGAAUGAAAUUUGGGCAACAAUAAAACAUUAUGCAAAACUCCAGUAAUUACUGUAUUAGCCCACUUGGUAAAAUCCAUUUAAGUAGUGAUUGCACACAGCAGUUUGUAACUUCAGGAAAAUUUGGAUAUGUUCAUUUAGGACAUGUGCAUUGGUCUCUUCUAUUGUAGCAAUAAUCAUGCAAUCUUCAAAGCAAAACCAGUGUACCAUGACGUGUAUUUCUAGGAUGGACUGCCUGGAGGGAAAAAAGGUUGCAUUUAAAGCAGGUAAAUAUUCUGAAUUGGUGAACUGGGGUUGCAGGAGUCCCAAGAAUAAUGGUCAGCAAUCUGCAAGAUGUUGCAGUAAACUGCAUAUGGAAAGUUGAAAGGCCUUUAACAUUUCCAAGUUGCCUUGUGAUGUAUUUAUUUUUAAACUGUCCAUUUAUUAGCACAAUAUUCCAUAUAAUGGUGUGCAAGUGGCAACUUUCUUUAAACAGAUGGGAGUCAGACACCACUUUUUAUCCCUUGCAUUUGUUUUACAAUAUCAAUUGAUAAUGACAUUGUAUGUAUCCUUAUUAGAUUGAUAAAUUGUGGUGCAUUCACUUGGUUAUGAAUUUUAGUGUGGUAGUUGUGCUUGCAUACUACACUUUGAUCAUGGACUCUAGCAGUUGUCAGGACCACAAUGUGUCAUUUGAAUCUGUAACACUUGCAAAACAGAAAAAUAUUGAAAGGCAUGGUAAUUUCACUCAAGCCUAACCUGACAGUUUCUGUAACUCUUGAGUAGCUCUAGUGAAAUAGUUUGGAAAUUCUAGCUUUAAGGUUUCUGUACGAAAAAAGUUGUCAUGAAGCAUAGUGAUUAAUUCUAGUCUUAAAAUGUAGCAUGUAAGUAUGUAUUUUUCCUACUCAACAUUAAAAUGGUACAUUUUAAUUU